CUUCCUCUUGGCCGCAUGUAGAGCUCACAAAGCAGUGUGAACUUUGGAGGCAUCUCUCAAAAAGAAAAGAAAAAAAAUCCGCUACCGAAGCCACGAUGAGCGUCUGUAGCUCCACACUCAGUGGUCCAGAGGACAUGGACGAGUUGGAGUCGGUUGGUUGGUACCAUUAUGACCUGUCUCGGCAUGCAGCUGAGGCUUUGCUCUUGUCAAAUGGAAUUGAUGGGAGUUUUCUGCUGAGAAACAGCAACAAGGGACCUGAAUGCUUUGCCCUCUCUGUCAGGGCAAAAGAUUCGGUGAAGCACUUCCAUGUGCAGCGGCAGAACGGGAGAUAUUCAUUCGGAUUCAACGAGUUUUCAUGCCUUCAGGAUUUUACAAGUCACGUAGCCAAUCAGCCGCUGCUGGGAAGCGAGUCAGGUAACCUGAUAGUCGUACGGUUCCCUUACCCCAGACAGGUGGAGGAGCCAUCGAUUUACGAGUCUGUGUGUGUGCACACUGCUAUACAGACCGGACGGAGUGAAAGUGACCUGGUUCCCAGCGCUCCAUCACUUGGAACCAAAGAAGGGUAUCUUGUGAAACAAGGAGGCAUAAUAAAGAAUUGGAAACAGCGAUGGUUCACACUGAACAGAAAUGAGCUGAAGUACUUUAAAGACAAAAUAUUUUCAGUACCUAUUCGGACCUUGGACCUGACUGCUUGCUCUGCUGUUCAGUUCGAUUACAGCCAAGAGAGGGUUAACUGCUUCUGUUUAGUGUUUCCUGAGAGGACAUUUUAUUUGUGUGCAAAAUCAGGUGUGGAGGCUGAUGAAUGGAUAAAGAUACUGCGAUGGAAACUGUCACAGAUAAAAAAAGGAAGAUGAUGGCCACAAUGUGGAAAAGAAGAAUAGGGAACUACUGAGAGUGUGAGCUGCGAGGGCAGUUAGGAAUGAUAUAAUAGGUUGAACUUAAGAGUUCGAUAGCUGCCGUGAGUUUAUAUUUGCUCCUGUGGCCACUGUUAUCUGUUGUCAAGGCAUCACUCUGAGUGAAUGUCUGUGUCUCAGAUGUGACUUUUUAAGAAAGACUAAGUCCUGACCUACUGUUAACACAGACCAAAUAUGGACCUGGUGCAGACCUGAUCAGAUAGCAGGUGUAAAAUAAGAAUGGGACUAAUGACAUUUACAACCUGAGGUAAUUAAUGGUGCAACUAUUAAACUUUUCACUGUGGAACUAUGAA